GAAAUGUCAGAAAAAGUCAUAUAAAGAAGAAUCGAGUUUUCUGUUGAUAUAAGUAUUCGUAACACAAAACUUUCGUCCGUACUGUGUGCAAACUGUUAUUCCAUUUCAAUGAAAUCAAUGUGGUAAUUCGUAGCCAACAUGCAUAUUAAACAGAUUAUAAUCCAGGGCUUCAAAAGUUACAAAGACCAAACGAUUGUCGAGCCAUUCGACAAGCGGCACAACGUUGUCGUUGGGCGAAAUGGGUCCGGUAAAAGUAAUUUCUUCUACGCGAUCCAAUUUGUGCUGAGUGAUGAGUUUACGCAUUUGAGACCCGAUGCACGUCAACAAUUGCUUCAUGAAGGUACUGGCGACCGUGUCAUGAGUGCUUAUGUUGAGAUUAUCUUUGACAAUACGGACAACCGUGUGCCAAUCGACAAAGAUGAAAUCUUCUUACGGCGUGUCAUCGGCGCCAAAAAAGAUCAAUUUUUUCUGAACAAAAAAGUUGUCCCUCGUUCGGAAGUGGUCAAUCUUUUGGAAUCGGCCGGAUUCUCCAAUUCAAAUCCGUACUACAUUGUCAAGCAAGGUAAAAUCAAUCAGAUGGCAACGGCACCCGAUGCGCACAGAUUGAAACUGUUGCGUGAAGUAGCUGGUACGCGGGUGUAUGACGAACGGAAAGAGGAAUCGAUGAAUAUCCUGCGUGAAACGGAAGGAAAAUUGGAAAAGAUCACGGAAUUCCUGCAAACAAUCGAAGAUCGACUGAAGACGUUGGAAGAGGAGAAGGAGGAGUUGAAAGAGUACCAGAAGUGGGACAAAGCGCGUCGUACAUUGGAGUAUAUAAUUCACGAGACUGAACUGAAAGAAACUCGCAGAGCGUUGGAUGAUCUCGACAAUCAACGGAAAUCAUCCGGUGACAAACAGAAACAGUUCAACAUUGAGGUUCAGAAGGCGCAGGAAAAGAUCAAAGGAUUUCAGAAAAGUCUUAAAGAUGCCAAGAAAGAAGUCGCAGCCGCAAAGGAUGACAAAUCGUUGCUGAUCCACGAGCAACAGAGUUUGCUGAGAGAGAAAACCAAAUUGGAUUUGACCAUAGUCGAUCUGACCGAUGAGGUGCAGGGGGACAAUAAGUCAAAGGAGCGAGCUGAACACGAACUGGAUCGAUUAAAAGUGACCAUUGAGGAGAAGGAAAAAGAACUGAACGAAGUGCGACCGAAAUACGAUGCCAUGAAACGCAAAGAAGAAGAAUGCUCCCGUGAGCUGUCACUAAAAGAGCAAAAACGGAAGGAAUUGUAUGCCAAACAGGGUCGUCACUCGCAGUUUUCGUCGCGUGAAGAUCGAGACAAAUGGAUUCAGAACGAAUUGAAGUCGUUGAGUAAGCAGAUCAAGGAUAAAAUUGCACAUCAGAACAAGCUGAUGGACGACCUGAAACGAGAUGCGGCAAAGCAAACGGAACUGGAAAGUAAAAUUGAGGAGUUGACAGCUGAAGUGGAACAAAUGAGAGGCCAGAUCGACGAGCACAACAAACAGUAUUACGAACUGAAGAAGAAAAAGGACAGUCACCAGGCAGCCAGGAAUGAACUGUGGCGAAAGGAGACUCAAAUGACCCAAACACUGUCGUCUCACAAAGAAGAGCUCGCAAAAGCUGAUCAAGCUUUACGCUCGAUGGCUGGAAGGCCAAUUUUAAAUGGUCGCGACUCAGUUCGGAAAGUGCUGGAAUCUUUCGUGGAACGUGGUGGACCGAAUGCUGACAUAGCUAAGGCAUACUAUGGCCCCGUCAUCGAAAAUUUCAGCUGCGACAAAACCAUUUACACGGCCGUUGAGGUCACAGCCGGUAAUCGACUGUUCCAUCACAUUGUCGAAUCCGAUCGGGUUGGUACGCAAAUUCUCAAGGAGAUGAACAAGUUGAAAUUGCCCGGUGAGGUGACAUUCAUGCCACUGAAUCGUCUCCAAGUGAAAAUCCACGACUAUCCCGACGAUCCCGAUUCCAUUCCGAUGAUUUCGAAGUUGAAAUACGAGGACAAAUACGACAAGGCGUUGCGGUACAUCUUCGGAAAGACGUUAAUCUGCCGAAAUCUUGAGAGAGCCACUGAAUUGGCCAAGAGCACCGGAUUGGACUGUGUUACAUUGGAAGGUGAUCAGGUAUCGUCCAAGGGAUGUUUGUCCGGUGGUUACUUCAGCAAAGAUCGAUCACGUUUGGAAAUGCAGAAGCGUCGCACCGAAUACAUGGAUUUGAUAAAAGAUUUCGAGGCCGAAUUGAGUGCGUUGCGGAACGACUUGAAAACGACCGAGGGCAGCAUUAACAACGUUGUGUCCGAAAUGCAGAAAACCGAAACGAAGCAGGGAAAGUCAAAGGACAUUUUCGACAAAGUUCAAGCAGAUAUUCGACUGAUGAAGGAGGAACUGACUCGGAUCGAACGAUUCCGUAAUCCGAAAGAACGUUCCGUGGCCCAGUGCAAAUCGAAUUUGGAAGCCAUGAACAGUACCAAGGAGGGCUUGGAAAGUGAAUUACAUCAGGAAUUAAUGUCACAAUUGUCAUCUCAAGAUCAGCGAGACGUUGAUCAGUUGAACGAUGACAUUCGCCGAUUGAAUCAGGAGAACAAAGAGGCGUUCAGUGCGCGUAUGGCAUUGGAAGUGAAGAAAACGAAAUUGGACAAUUUACUGACGAACAAUCUGUUUCGACGUCGCGAGGAGCUGGUGCAAGCGUUACAAGAAAUUUCCGUUGAAGAUCGAAAGCGCAGACUACAGAUUUGCCGGACCGAUGUGAUCGAAGCGGAGAAACGAAUCUCGAAAGUGAACAAUGAUCUGCAAGUGGUAGACAAAAAAGUGCAGGAUGCUGCAAAAGCACAGAAAUCGUUGCAAAAGGACUUGGAGAUCUGGAGUCAAAAGGAGAAGGAGGCACAAGAGAAGAUCGACGAAGAUUCGAAAAAGUCGGAAAAGUGGGCAGCGAAAGAGAAUUUAUUGCGACAAAAGAUUGAUGAAUGUACGGAGAAAAUAGCUGGACUGGGUGCAUUGCCACAGGUGGAUCCAACAUACACUAAAUUGUCGUUGAAAAAUCUCUUCAAAGAACUCGAAAAGGCGAACACCCACCUCAAGAAAUACAAUCACGUCAACAAAAAGGCUCUCGAUCAGUUCCUCAGCUUCUCCGAACAGAAGGAAAAGCUGUGCAAACGUAAAGAGGAAUUGGACAUUGGCGAUCAGAAAAUUCGCGAACUCAUGCAAACGCUGGAAAUGCGCAAAGUCGAAGCCAUUCAAUUCACAUUCAAACAGGUGGCCAAGAAUUUCACCACAGUUUUCAAGAAAUUGGUUCCGCAGGGAUGCGGUCAUUUGGUGUUGAAGACGAAAGACAACGACAACACGGAAUUCGAAGCGGAAGUGGCCAGUUCGGACGAUUUCGUUGGCAUCGGCAUACGGGUAUCGUUUUUGUCGGGAGCCGAAGCCGAAAUGAGAGAAAUGAAUCAACUGUCCGGUGGCCAGAAAUCUCUUGUUGCUCUGGCGCUCAUCUUUUCGAUUCAGAAGUGUGAUCCGGCUCCGUUCUAUCUGUUCGAUGAAAUUGAUCAGGCAUUGGAUGCGCAACAUCGGAAAGCCGUAGCCGAUAUGAUCCACGAGUUGAGCGAAAAUGCGCAGUUUAUAACAACAACCUUCCGGCCGGAACUGCUUGAACAUGCGCAUAAAUUCUAUGGUGUCCGUUUCCGGAACAAGGUAUCACACGUUGACUGCGUCACAAAAGAGGUGGCCCGAGAUUUCGUGGAAGAUGAUCAGACCCACGGUUAAUUUAAUGAGUUUUUCUCCAUUUUCGUAUUUCUUAAGUUUUACUACAUUCUUCGGACGAACAAUAAUUUCAUUUGAAUCAUUUAUUUUACCGUCUAUUAUAUAAGUCGUCCGUUAUUACAAUUAGGAAGAGAUUGAUGUAAAUCUAAUCCCAGUACGCAUGAAAAUCAUGAUUUAAUUUGUACAAAUAAAAAUCCAAAAUUAUUUCGUCA